GUAAUGAGUGUUGCAUCUAAUUCUAAGGAUGAAAAUGAAUUCAAAGAGACUCCUAUUGAAGUAUUAUUUUAUAUCUAAUAUAAAAUAGACAAAGUUCACAUGGACAGCUAAGUGUAUAGAAAAACUGAAAGAGCUUCAUGUAUUAUAACAAGGGAACUGGAAAUCAAUCAGUUCGUUACUAAAUGGACCAACACCAUUAGAAUGUAUGUUUAAAUGGCAACAACUCCAUCCAGAUUCAGUAAUUACUUUUUCAUUAUCUAGGCACCUUCCAGAUAACUAUGGUCACCAGAAGAGGAUGAAUAGUUGAAAGAAUUAGUCUAAAAAUUUGGUAAAAAAUGGAGUAAGAUCUGUACAGUAAUGAAUUGGAGAACAGGAAAAUAAGUUAGAGAGCGUUAUUUGAACUAGCUUUAAGGAACAAUUAACUAAGACAAAUGGACUGAAGAGGAAGAUAAAUUGAUAUUAAAAUUAUAUAAGAAGUUUGGAACUAAAUGGAGCUAUAUUUCAAGUUUUUUGAAUGGAAGACCUGUAUAUUUCUAUUUAUAAAUACUUAGGAAAAUAUGGUCAAAAAUCGUUUCUAUGCCAACCUUAAAAGGAGAUAUUAAUGUGAUUUAGGUGAUUCAGAUGAUGAAGAUUUCUAAGAAGAUUCCUUAAAUUCCUCAGAUGAAGAAAAAAGUAAGUUAUAGAAAAGAAGAAGACCUUAGAAAAGUAGGAAAGAGCCAUAAAAAAUAAAAAAAGUUGUAAUAUCAGAUGAAAAUGCUGAAAAUUUCUAAAGAAUGACUAGAUCAAAAAAUCAAAAAUAAAAUGAUGAUAGUUAAAAGUAGGAUAGUCCAAAUGAAGAUUAAAAUAAUGAACAUAAUUCAGGUAUUAAUAAUACUAAUCUUAGGAUUAUAACAUAUUCAAAGUUCCCCAAGUUAUUGUACUCAUCAAGGAAAUUAAAUUAAUAUAAAGGAAGAAAAUUAAUUAAAAUGUGAUCAUUUUAAUAAUAAUUCUUCUAUUAUUUAAUAAACCAUUCCAUAAAUUAACAUGUUCCCCUCAACUAUAUCUCCAAUUGUAUUUAAUAGUUAAUUUGUACCAUCAUAAUAGACUCCUCUCAUAUAUCCAUAAUAAAAUUUACCAAUAAUCAAUACACAAUAAUUCAAAUAACCAUAAUUUGACAGAAUGCAAAUGUCAUAUUAAUUAAAUUAAUUGGCAAGAAUUAAUUUUGUUAAUCCUUUCAUAGAUUUAAUGUAAUAAUAGUAAUUGCUGAAUUAUCAAAUUCCAAUCUAAUCUUAAUUUACAAGUCAGAUUGAUCAAAUUACAUAAAGGGCAGAACUAUAUAAAAUUUACAAUAAUUAGAUGUUGUAAAACAAUUUGUAACCAUGAG